AACGAGGAAGAUGAGGAAAAAGACGAUAAUAGCUGCUGCUCCCGAGCGACGUUUUGCCACCCGAUAUUGCGCAAGAUCAUUGUGACCGAUUCGAUCUUGAGAUGUUUUGACAUGGAAAUAACGUGGAUGAACCUAUUCUGGCUGACGAGCGUUACAGCGAUGAUCUUGAUGGCUUGGAUGACUCUCUUCUUUCUCCUCGGCGAAACAAUGUUACCCAAAGGCAGCUACUUUGGUCUUUUCGUUAUCGUCGUGUUCUCUUAUCUUCUUGGAUGGACGCUCGCUUAUGUUCCAUACAUGAACCUUCCACCUGUCUUCGGCAUGCUCCUGGCUGGUAUAAUCGUGAGAAAUAUAAAUUUCUACGAUAUUAGACGGGAACUUGGCAUCAGGACACUAGCGAAAAUACGAACGUUCUGUUUGACUUUCAUCAUGAUACGUGCCGGUCUUCAAAUGACUACCACGCCGAUCCGUCAACAUCCCCUCUUCGUCGCGAUUCUUGCCAUCCUACCUUGUACUAUGGAAAUGUUAAUCCUUGCUAUUUGCGCAAAGUAUAUCCUUAAUUAUCCUUGGAACUGGGCCUUUAUGACCGGUACAAUCGUUGCCUGUAUGUCUCCUGUUGUUACCGUCAAUUGUAUGCUAGCACUGGCCGAACAUGGUUACGGUGAAGAUAAAGGAUUAGCUUCUUUACUUAAUGCGGCUACUUCCAUCGACGACGUACACAUCCUCUCGCUUUUCUCCAUUUUCUACACCACCGUCUUUGACGAAGAUCAUCCAACUAAGUGGUGGUCGUAUAUACCUAGUGGCCUACGAGACCUUAUCCUAGGCGUUUCGGUCGGACUUCUUCUUGGUACUUUUUUGGCCUUUUUCCCCCAUCGUAAUCAUAUUGGCAAUUCAGAAAAUAUUGUCAAAUUUUUUGAUAAUUUUGCGUAA